UUCUGCAGGGCCAGACCCCUGAGCCACACAUACACAAAGACAGAAAGACAUUGUAGUUCUUGUGGACGUAAAAACAAGCUGCAUCCCACUGAAAUGGAGAUCUCUAGUUUCCGGCAUCCCGUCUCCUACACUGGAGAAGAGAAGUAUGAGAUGCUGGAGUUGAACAGGAGGCUUGAAUCAUACCUGAACCAUGUGAAGUUCCUGGAAGAAGAGAAUCAACUUCUUUGGGGAGAAAUUCAGGCCAUGCGGCGGAAUCAAGACAAUGGAGGCCAAAGGAAAGCUCAGGAGGAGGCACUCAGUCUAGCUAGAAAAGAACUGCAGAAUGCAUGGAGAGAGAAGGAUUGUGUGGAACUCGAGGUCAGUAACAUGCUGGAGGAGAUUAAGGAGCUGAACAUACUGAGACAAAAAGAGAAGUCUGCACAGGCUGAGGCUAAGAGAAAACUUGAAGAAAGCCGGAAGGCAUUGGAGGAUGAGAGGAGGAUGCAGCUCUGGCUGAGAGAGGAAGCUGCUCAUCUUGAGAAAGAGGUCUCUUUACAGAUACAGUCUAAUCAGGAAGAUCUUGUAGCAGUAAAGUCUUCAUGUGCCUUUUCGAAACCUGUGCAAAUGGCUCCUCAGCACAUCCAGACUCUAAAUCUCCAGGGCCUAGGGGAAGAGUACUCGCAGAGAGCAGCGCAGGCCUGGCAUGAAGCAGCAAGUGUGUACCAGGUACAGAUGAAAAAGCUAGAGGAGAGCCUGGACCAGACCAGGGCUCACAUGACACUCAUCAAGCAAGAGAAGAAGAAGAGUCAACUACAGAUGCAAGAUUUAGCCAGAGAGCUGCAAAGUGCAAAGGCCAAGAGAGAACUGAUGGAGAAAAACAUAGUACAAAUGAAACAGAAGCAGAAUCAAGACCUUCAACAGCUUCAGGCUCACGUGGAGGCUCUGGAGGCAGAGAAAAUGGAUCUUGGGGGGGAGAUGGGUGAUCUGUUGGUAGAGAGCCGCAGUCUGCUCCAGAUGAAGAUGUCUCUGAGCCUCGAGGUGGCCACUUACAGAGCUUUGCUGGACAGUGAAAGCCUGAGAGUUAACAACCAAUCAGCAAAUAAGAGGAGCCACACAGUCUCAAUUUUAGAAGGAAUCGCCAAGUCCCCUGGGAUUCCUCCAGGCACUCAGGCCAUCACUUCCUGUCUGCUCAGUAGUCCACUGAAUACAAGCUCCAGAUCAAUCACCUAUAAAGCCAACCUUAUGACUCCAAGUCCUACUUGGAACCUGACACUAAAAACUCCACAAGAGACACUCAAGAGACCUCAGACCACUAUGGAUGAUGAAGCCAUUGUAAGAGUAGAGAAGGAAAAGCUAGAAACAUCUUCAUCUACAUCAAAAAAGCACCUGCCUGAAGCUAGCGCUAUUGAUAAUUAUAGAGCUGAAGAGGAAGCAAACUCUGUUGCUUCUGUUUCUUUUUAUGAAGCCCCUAAAUAUUUAGAUGAGCCUGAUUCUAUACUUACAGUUAAAGAAGAUGUGCAAGAAGUUCUUAAAGCAGAACCUGGAUCAGUUUUGUUUACUGCUAAUGAGAUUACCUUGCCAGCUGGACAUCCCCAAAGUCCAGAGAGUGUGUCCUCUGUUCAGCCCAUUGAGGAAGCAGAGAGUUUAGAGGAUGGUGAUGAAGAGGAAACUGAGGUAUCUACGGAAAUGGCUAAAAUAUCCCAUGCACCUGUCUCUGCCUGGGAGGAAAAUGAGACCAUUAAACCAGAGGAGAGAGAUGUCGUCUCUGAACUACAGUUGGGGUUAGAAAAAGUUGCUGAAAAUAUUAAACAAGAAUUUAGAAUAGAUGCUAAUCAAGCAGAAUUACAGAUGCUUGCUGAUAACACUAACACUCUUGCUUCACUAUCAUGCCAAGAAAUACCACAUUUGUCUGCAGAUACAUAUAGCCCAGCUGAGGAGGACAGUGAAAUUCUAACCUGGGCUGAUGUAAAGGAAGAUGUUAUAUAUUUUGUUGAAGAAGAGUCACAAAUGAGUGCACCAGAAGCAGAUAGAGUGUCAGGAAAUGGAGUUAAAGAUGUGAAAGAAAAAAUGGAAGUAGAGCAAACUGAAUGGCCUGAUAUUAAAGCGCUGGAAGGUCAAGAGUUAGAUAUUCAAAUGCAAGAAGAGGAGAAUAAAACCGAGCAAGAGAAAAAAGAGGAACAGAGUAAAGAAGGUGAAUUGAAAAAUGAUGAAGAGGAACAUUUGAUAGAAGAAGUAAUUGAAGAAAACUUUGUUGAAAAGAAAGAAGUGUUAAUGAUGGAUACAUAUGAAAAAGGUAAUUUAGAAGGUGAAAAAGCUGAAUUAGUAAUGAAUGCCUAUGAAAAUGAUGAUCUGGUUGGUGAAAAAGCUACCUUCGAGAUAGAUCAGUUAAUUGAACAUAAUGCAGUAGAGGAGCAUGGAGAGAGUGAAGAAGAUGAGUCAUUAAACAUCUCUGCAUCAUGGAAAACUGACCCUGGUGAGGCAAACAGCUAUGCUCAGGAGAAUACACUAGCAGACACUCGUCCCCUCAUACACUACAAGAGUGAUGAAGAGACAGAUGCCAACAUCCUAAUCUCCCAUGUGGGUGUGAGUGAACCUACUGACAGUGAGGAAGAGAGGGAGAAACAUGACGGAGCCAGCCAUUGGAGCCAGAUAGUCGCCAAACGCUUUGACACCAUGGAGGAUCUUUCUGAGGAGCCAGAGCUAGGCAGCAUGGAUGACAUAGAUAUCACAGAUGAAUCAGUUCAACCCGAGUUAAAAGAGAGCAUGUAUAAUGAGUCAGCAGUUCAAAAUGAAAGUGGUGACAUGGACAGCCAUGUCAAAUCACUAAUGGAUGAGGCUUUGGUAGAUCAAUCAGAAAGUGAGCUUAAGAAUAAUAGUAAUGAGAACAGCCAGAGUGAGGAGGAGACAAAGAUUGAGAACUACCAUCUGUCAACAGGCCUGUCUGACAAACAGGAAGAGAACUUGCUCCCUGGAGAAAUCCUUGAAACCGGGGAGGUGAAUGAGCAGCAGACAUUUCUUACAACACAGGACAAUAUCAGUGAUGAUGCUAUAACAAACUACAAGGACAGAGCAGAAAACUGGAAUAAAGAAUCUGGAGAGAUGAAUCCAGAGGGUGAGAGUGAAGACAAGGAGUAUUUUGACACUCCAUUGUCUGAACCAGCUGAAGAACAAGCUCUUGUAGAAGAACCUUGUGAAGAGGUGUCGACAGAGAUUAAACAAUCGGACAUAGUUUUAUUUGAAACUGCUGUUAAUGAAGAACAAGACUGUCCAAAAGAGGAAGAUGUGCAGUCAAACCUGUCAAUGCUCACUCAUGCAGAUUUUACAGAUGAAUUUUCUCUACACAGUCAUCCAGAAAGCCAGGCCAGCACUAAUGACUCAGAUCAGGAAGAACCUAAUAGUUCUGAGGAUGAAUCUCCAAAUGCAAGCCAGUGUUCUCAGAUGCUUUCCCAAACUGAUAUGCAGACACAGCAGGUAGACCAAGACAUUGCAACUACUAUGGAUGUAGUUUCUAACACUAAUCCAUUUUUUAAAGACAUUUUCUCAGGUGAGCUGGGAGAGGAAAGCUCAGUAAGUAACGCUGCUCAAACUGAAAAAUUGGAAACCAAAGAGGAACAGCAGUAUGUUGAGGACAAUAAUAGUGAUAUGACAGGAGAAAAUGCUGACAGCCUUCCACAAGAAUUAGAGAAUUUGGGCCAUGAAAUUACAAGUGCAUCCAACAGCACUGGAGAAGAAUUUGGUGAUGUGGAAAUUGAGGACAGGGAAGGAAACAUUGACAUUUUCCAAAGAGAGGAGCUAAAAGAAGAAUGUCAGACUAAUGAAAAAGAAAAUGACCUUCACAGCUUUUUUAGCUCAAGCAUAAAGGAGGACAUUUGGAGUGCAACAAAUUAUGAGAUGGCUGCUACAUAUGACCCAAAUGACCGAACAGAGACUAAGAGGUAUGACAGCACAGAUCCAAACCAGACUAUGGCCUUGGGAGAGGACUGGGGAAACCUUGAAAGACUAUCCCCAAUCAACAGCAAACCUGAGAAAGACAUGGGCACAUGUGUAGCUCAAUCGGUGGAGGAGGAAGAGGAGAAGAUACCAAAGGCCAAACAGGUACAAUGCAAAGAUGUGAAAGAUGAAAAUGGGGAGCCUGUUCAUGCAGAGGAUUCUACUGAUGGUGAUUCUUGGUCUUCUGGUGAAGAAUAAAUCCAUUCUUCAAUCUUUACUCUUCUAAUAUUGGCGUACAGCGCAGAAUGAUAAGCGGUAUAAAACUGUGAGAAGUAUAACGAUUGCAUUUUUGUGCCUUGGGGAAAAAAUGCUUUGUCUUGAUUGAUAAGUAUUAGUGCAUCUCAUUCCAAUAAUCUGUCACAUGUUGUUAUACUUAUUAUUAACUUUGACACUGAUGUCUACAUUUUUAUUUGAAACAAAUACAGAUAGCCCCUUUAAACCAUAUAUCACAAUAAACCAUAUUUAAGUUGCCUCCA